CUUUACGCUGCGACGCACAGUGUGCUCGCUCGAUAGUAAACUCGAUUGUGUGUGCGCAUUAUCAUCCUCUCUGCUCCAGUCUCUGCAUCUCUCUCUCUCUCUCUCUCUCUCUGCAUCUCUCCUCCAUCCACUCAAAGCUCUCCUCUCCUACAUAUCACCCUCCAGCCUUUUACCAAGACCUCCAUGCUCUCGGCUUGAGUGGCAUACGAUUGUGUUUAAAUACGCCGUGGAUGUCCUUCCUUUCUGCUGCUGUGGGGGAAAACGGAUACCUGUGCUGCAUUGACAUCACCGCAGAGUGUUUUGGGUGAAUGCGCGUCCGUCCAUCCAGUUGAAAUGCAGCCUGUGACAGCAACCAUGGCGAAAACAAUCACAUCACCUAACGCAAUUACAGGAGAAAAAAUGGCACCACCAUCCAUUGCUCUACUUCCGGAGAAGAGAUCUCCGACUAAUGGUCACAGCUCUCCAGUCCGAACCGGAAAACUUACUCCGUCUAACACAGAGAAGAAGCCAUACAUAAAUGGACACGCCUCCCCUUCACACAUCAACAACAACCAUGCAGGUAAACUAAUUGUGGAGGGUUAUAUGAAGACUGACGACAGGAUGCGAUUAGCCAAAGAGAGACGUGAGGAGAGGGAGAGGAGCCUGGCGGCCAGGGAGCAGCUGAUCAGGGAGAAGGAGCGCCGAGCCAGGCUGCAGUAUGAGCGCACGGUGGAGGAGCGCUGGAGGCGUCUUGAGGAGCAGAGGCAGAAAGAGGAGCACCGCAGAGCUGCCGUGGAGGAGAAGAGGAGGCAGCAGCUCGAGGAGGAGAGGGAGCGUCUGGAAGCCCUGAUGAAACGCUCUAUGGAGCGAAGCCUUCAGCUGGAGCAGAGGACCAAACGCUGGAGCAGAGGCUGCCCCCCAGGAGCAGGUCAGGGCAGAUCUCACAGAUGUGACAGUGAGAAUGCCCCACUCCCUUUCUCUGCUGCCUCCGCCUUUUCCCAUGGCAUUGCCUCCCCCCUUCCUGCUGCGAGCGAAUCCGCACCCUGCAGCCCUCACAGGUCACCUUUCUGCAGCUCGGUGAAUCCUGCAGAUCACAGCAGAGCUGGACUUCAGGGAGGCUCUCAGUCCACCCCCAAUACCCCGAAGAAAGAGCGGCUCCGCAGAGAGAGAAGAACUGCAUCCCCAGGAUGUGGCUCACCUGUGAGGAGAUCUGAAUCUCCUGCUAGCGUCACCAAGUACUUGGGUUCCCCCACUACCUCCAGGCUUGCAUCUAGAAUGCGCACCCAGUCUCCUAGCAACGCACAUCAGUACCAUUACUCUCCUACAAGACAUCGUUCAAACCUGUCAACUGAUGACAGGAAUGCAAAAGACAAGAAGACAGAAAAACACGGUGAACAAUCCAAAACUGAGACUGCAGUGAAGAAAAAUUGUGAAAUGAAUGGAACAACCACGCCUCAAGGUGAGAAGAAUGUGGACGUCAGAUCAUCUAAAGGAGAAACUUUUGACAAGCAGCUAAAAGUUGACACAUUUGAGAAAAGUCGCUCAACUGACAGAAAGGACAACAUGUCUUCAAAAGUUGAUCAAUCAGAGAAGAAGACAGAAAGUAGUACUCUGGAUGGAGACAAGAAAGAAGAAUCAACAACAGGCAUGUCCACAGGAAAGAUGGCAGCCGGCACGACAAAUGCAGAGGAGGCCACUCGGCUGCUGGCAGAGCGCCGGCGCCUAGCUCGGGCUCAGAAGGAACUGGAGGAGAAAAAACGGGAACAAGAGGAAGAACAAAAACUCAGGGAAGAGCAGCUGAAGAAGCAACUCACACAGGAGCAGAACACACAGGAAGCGAAGGCUAAACAAUUAAAGGAAGGAGAGAAAAUGGAGGAAGGUCCUCACAGGAUGAAACAAGAAGAAGGGAAUCAAAAGGCGGAGGAGCAGGAGGUGAAACUACAGAUCCUGACUGACAUAGAGAAAGAAAAAUCAAAAGUCCAGACUCAUGAGGAGGCCAAGCGUCAACAGCAAGACAGAGACUUGCAGACACAACAAGAAGAAGAGGAAAGACAACUAAGAAAAAAGAGAAUUGAGGAGAUAAUGAAGAGAACAAGGAAGGCUGAAGCUGACUUGAAGCAGAGGGAGGAGCAGGGUGAGGCGAAGCCGACAGGUGAAGUAAAGGCUGUUCAAAGUAUUGCUCAGGUGAAUGAGCAAGCAAUCAAAAAGGUUGAGUUUCAGGUUAAGGAGUCAGCCACAGUCCAAGACAACACAAAGGAAUGUUCCCCGGUCAAGAAAGUAGCAAUAGCAGCAGCAGCAGCAGCAAAGAUGGACAAUCGGAAGAGUAUGCCAGUGAAAAACAACACUCAUCCAGCGACAUCAACACAAAAUGUUCCUGACAAGGGACCUGACACCAAACAGAUCCAUGAAGUCAGCCAACUAAACAGAGAUGGCAAAUCAUGUGUCACCAAGCAGCAGGGAAGAGAGUUGCAAAUGAAUGUAAACGUGCAGCACAGAGCUAACGUUAAAGCCCCAGACCAAAUAAAUAAGGAGCCAAUAAAGCCAAAAGCAGUCAACCCAAAGGAGGGAGGUAUGAUGAACGGAGCAGUGAAGGGGGAAGGAAGUGCCUUGACAAGAAGCCAUGUUACUGCUGAGGUAAGCAAACAACAAAGCCUGCAUGUGGUGACAGCUGAGAGGAAACCAAAGAGAGGCUCCCAGAUGGAGGUUAUUAAACCCUCUAUGACACCCCUGCCGGUCAUCAAGCUCGAACCACUCAGUGUGAAGGGGGCGGGGUCUUUUGACGAGGUGCAGUCGAUGGACGUCAGCCCGGCUUCAAGAGAGGAGCUCAUCUCAAUCCCAGAGUUCUCACCAGUCAAUGAAAUCAAUCCGGGCAGUGUGAGCAACGCCCGUGCACUUGAAGACCUGAUAGACCUGACAGGUGGUGUAACCUACCCGAAACGGUCCCCUGACGGCAACAUGGGCGACUGCAACAAGAACCUUAUUGAAGGCGUUGUCAGUCCCAUGUCAGACUCAAAGCUCAUUGGGCUGGCUCCUCCAUCCUCGAAUAAACUUAGCAUCAAGUAGUCAAUGAAUCCCUCUCUGUUUCUUCUUCUCUCGCUUAUCUUUUUUCUCUCUUCUCUCUUUCUGUCACACACACAAACUCACAUUUUGUGUGUGCCCAUGUGUCAAGAAAUAUAAGGGAAUAGAGCCAUAGAAAUUGACUAAAACAUAACUUGCUAUAAACAAGACAUCUCCUAUAUUCUAACAACAUAGCAAUUGACAAUUUGAAAGCAUUACUUUGUUAAACCUAUAGUUGUGUUAAGGACAAAGGUGUGUGGAAAAAUGAGCACAUGUGCAAGAGGCUCUGGAAGAGUGUGCAUAUACGAUAUAAAUACACAAAGAAAUAUAUCAGGGUUUUGAAUAAAUACAAUGCAACACUGUACUGCUUAUGUAUGGUAACAUAAGAAUUUCUUACUUUCCCUGCACAGUAUCCUCACUAGCUAACAUUUAAGUCUGAGGACUAGAGUGAUAAAACCUGCUCAAUGUAUUGAUGUCUGCAUUGCACCUCUGCUUUUCCACAUGCCCUCUCAAGCCUUUAAAUCAAAUUCAGUGACUGGGAAAGGCAUGACUUUAUAUUUCUAGUAGCAUUGCAUUUUUUUUUUCUUAGGUAAUGUCCUCUGUGCAUGUAGUGAUGAUUGAUUUGGGGAGGAUGUGAUGGAUUUAUCUGGCAAACCAAACCCAGCAGAAAUCCAAGACCACUGCAGUCCUUAAGUAUUCCUUAUCCAGCAAUAGGUCCCAUAAAUUAAUUGUGAAAAGUUUGGACUUAACAGCAAUGAGCCCUUUCCCUUUAAUCUUUAAUGUUCUGUUACAGAGACUUCUAACUGCACGCGAGCAAGAAAACUGAUUCUAGAUGCCAACUUGAAUGUUUUGCCGCAUUUUAAAAAGCCAUGCCAUCAGUACAAAUUAUGCUAGAAUAUCAUGUGUUUGCUGCAGAUUUAAAUGAAUCCCUAAUCACAUAUUUGCAAAUACAGUUAUUGCAUUGAUAAUAUUUUAAUUUCACUGUAUAGUUCCCCAUUUGACUAAUGAUUUUAUUGUUUAAAUUGAUUUCUAAUAAUGAACAUACUGAAAGCUGAGCAAAUUCAUGUGAUUGAAAUGUGUUUUUUUUUGUAGUUGUGCCUUGUUGGGUUAAUGGUUCCCAAGGCAAAGCACUAGCGGAUGCAUUAAUCCAUGGACCUCCAUAGAUUCCAAUCAGCAGAUAUCUAGCAAUCUAUUUAUAUGUAGGACUGAAAUGCAAUGGGGUGGGAGUGUUUCCUUAACAAUCAACAACUGGUUCCUGUAGCUAUAAAGACUCUGUGCAAGUAUCUAUUCUCAUCCUGUAGUACUGUGCGGUCCUGUAUUGGGCUGCUUUAUUUUGUGAGUAAUUUAGGAGUUAAUUAAUAAUUGAAAAUGUACUUUUGUGUGUUAUGUAUACGUGUCAUUUCAGUAGAGAUGCCUUAUGGGAGACUGGAUUUAUGAGCAAGCCAUUUCACUGUUUUCUGACCCUGUUUUUAGUCCUUCCUGUUUGGCCACUAGGAUUAUUGUGAGUAGUUGACCUGUUAUACUUGAACCUUGGUUUUGAAUGCAUCAUUGCCAUGCUGUGAACAAUAACACCAAAAGCUUGUAUAUUUAGAAUGAUGUUCUUCAGACAAUAAAUAGCCUCCAGAGACUUUUUUACUGUCUGAAGUGAAGUAGCCAUACAGAAAAAUACAGUAUUCCAAAGUUAGGAUGUGCAUCAUGCAUAUUUUGGUGUUUCAAUUACUUUAAUGCUGCUUUUUUGCACAGAGGCGAGGUUGAACUAAAUGCAAAUGAGUAUAAAGACAUACUACAAAAGUAUUUACUUUGCUCAUACCCAUAUAACAUAACAGUUCGCUUUCCUCCAAGUUAUGUAAUUGUUGUAGACAAUGUGCAUGGUAAGCAUGGUCAUUUUACCCAAAACAAUAAACUGUCAAACUAGGAA